AUGUCGUGGCCGUACCAAUUCAUCUUUCCCUCCGAAAAUGACCAGCUGCGUCGCAUGGAGCUACUUGAUCUUCGAGGAUAUUAUGCACAAUGGUCAAUUAUUGUGGUCAUUGUCUCCAUCCGAAUUUCUCGCUUUGCUACGAGAUCGACCGCUAAGUGGGAUGGCCCAGUUUCUGGAAAGACCCGACAGUAUCUUGUCUGCGGACUGUGGCUACUAUGGCUUGUAGGCCUUUCGAUAUGGAACAGUGGCGAUGACUACCUCCAUUUGACCAAAGCCUUCGGCCGAGUUGGCCUGUCCCAACUGCCACUGCAAGUUCUGAUGUCUCCGGCGUACAUCUCUCGCCCUGCAGCCUCAUCUAUAUUGUCUCUUUUAACCGGAAUACCUCAGCCAGUGUUGACGCCAUACCACCGUCUCUUUGGUCGGGUGGUUGUCUCUCUUCUGCUGGCUCACGCCGCGCUGUAUACGCUGUUCUUCGUGCAAUUUAGCCAUCCUGAAUAUGGGUUAUUGAUUUUUAAGCGAGUUCAAGACUUGGACGUCCAAUUUGGCCUAGCCGCGAUCUCUUUAGCGGUGCUACUCGUUCUCUUCGUACGACCUACCUCCCAGAAGGGAGUCCAGACUUGGCUUAUGCAGGGAACCUUUCAAGAACGCAGGAAAAUGUUCUACUUUGGUCAUGUGUCUUUAGUGGCAUUGUUGUGUGUUGCGGCUUACUCCCAUGUUAAGCAAGCACAGAAGUACAUGCUGCAGACUUUAGCAGCUUCUGUCCUUAAUUGGGUGUGCUGUUGGGCAUUCUGUUAG